AUGCGAUCAGAUAAUCGGAUGAACGUGACGGAUAUUUUGCUCCUGGCGGAGAAUGCAGCGAGUGUGACAGCGAUCAGUUUUCAGGGGACCGACUUGAACAUAAUUGCUUCGACAGUGACGACGCUUCGAUCCAAGGUUCAGAAAACGUAUUCCCAGGGCCGCGAAGUGAUGGAUGCGAAACAGCAAGAAGUCGUUUGUACACAGAUCGGAAGCAAGGUUCGUGUUCUUUAUCCAACGCCAGAAGACAGUAUCACCAUCGUUCCCUCUACCGAAUCCAUCAAGAAUCUGGCGACACGAGCCACCGACUCCAGCGACCGAGCAUCACGUGUGGCACACGAGAACCUUCAGGAGGAACUCUCAGCGCAGGCAAUCAGCGAAGGAGAGGCGCUCGGCGAGGCAGACGAUGUCCUAGACGCGCAACGAAACGAACUUUGGGACUUUCAAAAUCGGGUGAAUUCCUCCAGUGCCGUCCUGCGUACAAUCACAAUGCAAGAGCAUAAUGAGAUCAUCGAAAGCUACGAAUCUUGUAUGGGUUGUAACACCAAAAAGCUAGGCCUGGUUUAA